AUCAGAGACAGGGUAGGGAAUCGUUUCUUCGCCCACCCCGGAUGUUAACGAAAGUAGCCCCGUGCUACAUCUUGCAAAGCUACUGCGAUUAUUUACAUCAAACUGUAAAGCAGUUUGCCACGGGAAAAAACAGUGCACAAAAAUAGGCUGCAGUCAUGGGUCCAGACACAUCACCUGUCAUUAAAACAGAAUCGUCAGACGAAAGUCCAGCUGAAGUGACUGUGAAGGUCAUCUCAGACUCCGACAUCACUGAGUCGGAGGACUCCAAAGAGCCAGCGAGAGACGUAAAAGACAAGCGUCACUGUUGCUCUGUCUGUGGUAAGGUGUUUAGCAAACCGAGUAGGCUAGAAAGGCACAAACCUGUGCACUCAAGGGAGCCCAAGAUUGUUCAUACAUGUCACAUUUGUGAGAAGACAUUCUCACAAGAAGAGAAGCUGAUUCGACACCAGGUUUUCCACAGUAGGACUAACAAGCAUCCCUGUCCUGACUGUGGAAAAGUUUUCAAUAGGCCUUCACGGUUGGAGAGGCAUAAACGUACGCAUUUAAGGAAACCAAAGGAGCCUCAUCAGUGUACAUACUGCCUGAAGACGUUUAAUAAACUUAACAAACUGGAGCGUCACUUGCGAAUGCACACUGGGGAGAGGCCUUUCACCUGCUCCGUCUGUGGGAAGGGAUUCUCUGAGGCUGGCCACUGCAAAGCGCAUGAAAAAACCCACGAGGAGCAGCCAGACAAACCUCACAGCUGCCCAGAUUGUGGGAUGCGUUUCUUCAAGGCCUCAGCAGUCCGUCGACACUUCCGCUCCCACACCGGUGAGAAACCCUUCAAAUGCAGCUUGUGUGAAAGUUGCUUCUCCCGCUCAGAGGGACUGAAAAGACACAUGCGGAGCCACACUGGGGAAAGACCAUACAAAUGUAUUGUCUGCGGGAAAGGAUUUUAUACUCGUCAAGAUUUGAACAUCCAUGCGUUGAUCCACUCUGGAGAGAAACCGCAUCUUUGCCCUGUGUGUGGUAAAGGCUUCUCACAGCUGGGCAACAUGAAAGAACACAUGCAAAAUGUUCACAUUAAAUCAGAUAAGUAUAUUUGCAACGAUUGCGGUGCAACCUUCACACGGUACACGUCACUGAUUAAACAUCAGAGGACACACACGGGAGAAAAACCCUAUCUGUGCGCCACCUGUGGCCGCAGAUUUUCAUGGAGCCAUUCCCUAGCCAGACACCGGAGGACACACAUACACAAACAGAUGUCUAUGGAGGCAUCAGAAGAUGUAGAAAGUUUUGGAAAACCCUCUGAGAGUCCCAGCAGUUGAAAGGGAAGUGAGGAAAUACUAUCUCAUCAUCUAACAGUCUUGUGGUUCAUUGAGAGCUAAUGUUUGCUGUUCAAUUAAACACUUAGUACAGAGCUCCUAAUUGGCUUAUUUUCCUUUUUAUUGAAAUAUGUUGGCAAUUAAAAUGAAUAUUUCCUUAACAUAUGGUUGAGCAUUAUUGGGCUAACACACACAAUAAUUUGUGGCACCUGGAGUCUUUUUGCCUCGAAGAUUUGGCAGCUUUCUUGAGACAAUAAAAGGUCUCCUGCACAACAGGACCUCACAAAAGACUGAAGGCUGUUGAUGGCAACAUGCGGUAUUAAGAAGUAAGGGCGUAAAAACGUCUGAUCAGAUACCAUCUCUGUAUUUUCCUUUAUUGUCAUAUUUUUGUUUAAUGAUUUUGCUAUUCUGUGAUGCUUUAUAAUUUUGAUUUAAUUAUAUCAUUUACAGUUUAAAAAAAAAGAAAAUACUUUUGCCUGAUCACUCCUGAUUUCUUUACAGGGUUAUGUGUCUUACAAAUGCGUGGGUCAGCUUUGUUAAUGUCCUCAUGACAGAGUUGAGAAACAAAUUUGAAGGCUUACAAAUGAAGUAUGUGCACGUUGCAGUCAGUGAUUGUCAUACUGCAAUGCUUAACUCAAAAAUUCCAAAUUUCCUUUGCAAAUGAAAACUGUUUAAUUAAAAUUCCAUGUUUGUAAAUUUAAUAUUUGCUUGUAUGUAAAUAAAAAAAAUAUUAUUUUAAUCAAACUCUUGCAGACUGCGCUGACUGAGAGCAGGAAAGUACUGUUAAACUGAUACUAUGCGGGUAUGUUACCUGUUACCUUUACUAAUGGCAAACACCUAAAAGUGCAAUAGCUUCAGGGCCUAAACAGUGGGAAAUGGUUUGAACCUUUAACUGGCGCAGCACUUAUCUAGUACGAGUUUUGUGUAAUUAAAACUAUUAUCAAAAUUUGUCCUUUUCAUUUUUUAAUAUAAUUUCAAUAUCAUUUUAAUAUUUAGACUUGUAUAGCUAAUGUAAUAUAUAAUGUAAUCUACCUUUGUGAAACAUGCAUAGUAGCUUUCUGCUAAUCAACAGGUACAUGACUGCACUGCUGUAGAUUGCUGCAUCACAAAUGCAAGAGGCCAAAACAUUCGUUAAUACAUAUGCAACUGAAGUACUCGAAUGUAUUUUCAUUUGUGCUGAUGAAGACGUGAAUAAACACU